UUUCCUCUCAAAUGCUGCUGCGCCAUCCCUCCUUUGUCUGCUGAGGAGAAAUACCGGCCGGGCUCGCCGCUUCGCAGUCUGCUAAUAUUUUUCCUUACCAAGAGCAUUUUCAAAGACAAAAUAAGCUGAAUAAACCCACUUAAUUGGGUAAACAAAUAGCGAGUCAGUUUUGCCUCCAACGACUGCAAGAAAACCAAGCAUCAGCGAGUCCGCCAUAGUCGAGCCUUAGCAAAGAAAGAAAAUCAAAAUGGAAGACACUAAAUACCUCCCUGAGCUCCUGGCCGAGAAGGACAGCCUGGAUUCAUCUUUUACACACGCCAUGAAGCUCAUCACUGCUGAGAUUGAGAGGAUCCAGAAAGGAGAAACCAAGAAGACACCAGAGAAGGAGACUUACCUGGACCUUUUUGCCACCAAAACUAUGAAACUAAAGGAGCGAGUGCUCAUCCCAACCAAGCAGUAUCCCAGGGUCAACUUUGUCGGGAAGCUUUUGGGGCCUCAGGGCAGCACAAUCAAGAGACUCCAGGAAGAGACAGGGGCGAAGAUCUCAGUUUUGGGGAAAGGCUCAAUGAGAGACAAGAACAAGGAGGAAGAGCUCAGGAAGGGCGGCGAGUCGAAAUACGCUCACCUAGCCAUGGAGCUGCAUGUGUUCAUCGAGGUUACAGCACCCAUACCAGAAAACUACCUGCGCAUGGCUCACGCCAUGGAUGAAGUCAAGAAGUUCCUCAUCCCAGAGCCUGGUGAGCAUGACCCCUACAUGGACCCUCAGUUUCUGAAUGGAUCCCAAGAUGGUUCUGGAAGGGGACGAGGUGGCCUUGGACGGGGCAGAGGUGGACCACCUGGCGCAGGAGGGCCAAGGGGACGAGGGAUGCCACGUGGAAAUCUCAGAGGAGGGAUGCGUGGAGGAACUCCCCGUGGCGGAAUGUCUCGAGGAAACGCGCCCAGAGGGGCCCCGGCCGGUAGGGGCGGACCACCCUCUGCUGCAGCUAGAGGAGGGUCCUCUGGCCGCUCCAGGCCACCUGCGAGCGGAGCGCAAAGGAUGCUCCCCGCCUCAGCCCUGUCCCAUCAAGCAGGUCCUUCAGGGUCACAGCCCAAACCUGAACCUUACGAUGAAUAUGGUUCAUAUGAGGAGUCUUAUGCUGAGCCUUCCUAUGAGGGAUAUGAUAGCUAUUACAGUCAGCAGCCUGCUCCAGCCGAUACGGAAUACUACGAUUACGGACACGGUGAAGCACAGGAUCCAUCAUAUGAGAGCUACGGUCAGGGUGAAUGGGAUAGCUCGUGGUCCGGCUCCGGGGCCGGAGGCAAAGUUCCCCCGACGCGGCAGUCCAAGGGUUCAUACAGGGAGCAUCCAUACGUCAGAUACUGAACAACUACCGGUAGAGAGUUGCUAUGGCAACUGUCUCCCGAUUGUAACAGGCUUAACUUUUCAAAAAGUAAUUUCCCUUCUCGUUUGUUCCCCCUUUUUUUACGGUUUAUUUUAUGUUUGUGUUUUUUUAAACUUAGAAACAUUUUGUUGGAUGUAUCAGAAUACCAGAUAAGAAGCACGAGGAGCAGAGGGCUCUUUUUUUCCAUUGUUUAUCUGUUUCCAUUUAAAUGUUUCAGUUGCAUAGUAAGGAAUUAGUUACUUAAACUUAAAUGGAAAAAGUGAUAUUUUAGUGAUAUUUGAUGGCUUUUUCAGUUAAUGAUUAACUUUAAACUGUGAUUGUGGCGAUUAAACUCUUACCAUAUAGGCUGCAUUUCUCAAAAGUCCUUCAUGACUGGACAUUAAUUGCUCUUAAUGCUUCAGUGUAAUUUUAUAUAUACCUAAAACAAAUUUAAACACAGCCUUCAAUAUUUUGAUCUGCAUCAAAAGUCUCAUUAUUGUAUUCAACAUUGCCAAUCUAGUUUUCUCCUAAAAUAUAGAAAUCCGUCUUUCUGCCACCUUUACAAUUGGUAUAGUAAGCCAUUCUAUAACGUGCAAAAUUAUACUGAUAUAAUUUCUUGUUAAGUUUGAAGGAUACAAGGCUGCAGCCACCUCAAUAUUUUGUACAUAAUCUUAGGAUAACUGUGUAUGGUUUAAGUCGUGCCGUCUCCAAAAUGCUCAAUUCUUGUGUACCUUUUUGACUAAAUAGGAUACUAAACAUAUCCCAAAAUGUUUUUCUGCAGUGCGUGUUUCAAUAAAGUUUCUAGUUUCAUUUUAAUCAA